GUUUGGUUUUAAAAAGUCCUUUUGAGGAAAAAUAUAUUUUUCUGCCCUUUUUAAUAUUUCUUCUCUGGGCUAACUUUCAUCAUUAGUUUUAUUGUUUCAUUCUUCCAAAUUAAUCCCUAGAGCAUGGGUGUCAAACUCGCCAUGUCACGUGAUGUGUUGCGACUCUUUGCAUUGCCGGUAAUGGGGUGGGCGUGGCUUCAGUAUGAUGAAACUGGCCUGCGGGCUGGCAGUUUGGCACCCCUGCUCUAGAGCAUUCUCUAAAAUGUAUAUUUGUGAAGAAAAAUCUAUUAAUACCCAAAUUUUGAAUUUGUGGUUCAAAAUAUCAAAGUAUCUUUAAAUUGAGAUAUUUAUCUCAUUUCAAAUGUCAGAUGGUUAGUAUCACUUUUAUAUUGCUUUCAGUUUCAGUUAAAAAUUGAUUAGAUACAUAUAUAAGAUCCACAAAUCUUAAUAAAGAUAGAAUUUGGAAAAUUAAUCAGAAUCAAACAUGCUAAAUCAGAAAUACAUUGCCCCAGUAAGACAUGUAAUCAAACUCAGAAUAAAUUAUAUCACUUAUAUAAAUAGGGAUAUUAUAUAAAAUAAUUUAAAAGCAGAAAGGACCUAUGAAAAGCUACAAAGAACCAACCUUGGAUGGAACCAUUGGAGGAGUUGCAGCAGGGUCUGUCAAAAGCUGGGAAGUAUGGAAAUCGUUGAAUAGAUUGCACAUGAAUAGAACAAAAUCUAGAGAUAUUCUGAACAAACGGGCCUAUCUGGUGGCCUCUGCCCUUUGCAAUAUUGGGGACAUACAGACAACACAUAUGCACGUUUGUCCUUUGUGUCCUGAUCAGUGCACAUUUGAGGACCUCAUGGCAGCGUGACAGUGCAAUUAAUUAAUUUGGGGCAAGAUGUUUAAUGUACAUAUUUUAAUCUUGUAUUUUAUAUUUUAAAUUUUAUGUCAUAGUAUGCCUUAUUUAAUUGUGAUGCUUCUGACACAAGUAAACAAUAGCGAUAAUUUAACUCAAUUUAAUUCCCCUUCACCUCACUUUUAAAAAAAUUAUGAACCAUUCCAAUGAUUGGACAUUUGAAGCUAGGUUUCCCUGAUUCUUUAAUGUUUUCCCUUCACACUGAAAUGCUUAAGACAUAGAAAGCUGAUGCUUUUUGGUGUUGCAAAAAAACCGAUUCAAGCGAUGGACAUUCACAAAGUCUUAUAGGUCACAUUUGUCUUCCAUAACAGUAAAAAAAUCCUGAUAUUUUUUAAAAAAUGUUCCUAUGUCGUGCAAAAUUGUGGAUCUGAGGUACCACUUCAGUGCAUUUUUGUGCUGUGGCAAUAUCAGAAACAGUUCUAUAAUCAUGCUAAUUUACGUAAGUAGAUGGGCGUAAUCUACGACUGUUGCUGCCAAGUAAAAUUGAAAUAUACAUAAGGGACUGCAGCACAAAUGUUAGUUUUUGUCAUUUUUCUGCAAUAUAGUGACCGAAACGACUUGUUUUCUGGAGAUGUAAUCGGAUUCUUUCGGGUAGAUCCUAUACAAGCAAUAUGAAUAUCCAUAAGAAUCGGACUUUUACUCAAGUAGGACUCUACAAAUAUCAGGUGUGAUACGCCCUUAACUACUCUUGGGAAAGAUAAUCGAGCACUCCACCUGUUCACAUUUCUGAUUUGGCCCCGCCGGGUUUUCAUUCAUAACCUUUUACAACUAAUUCAAGGUAUUUCUAUCCGCCCUUCGGUUGCUCUACGGAACAUUUUUUUCCCGUUUCCAGCUUCCGUUUCGGUAGGAAAGCGUUUACGCGAACACCUUCCUCUUUCGUUUUCUCUACUUGCCCAAGCAGCGAAAGCUCUGAGAAAUGCUGAAUAUGAAAUUAGCAAUCCGCUAUUGGCGCAUUUUUGAGAAAUACAGCUUUCCCCUCUUUGCCUAUGACUAUAUCCAUUUAACGUCUGUCAGUGUACUACCAGUUACAUUUUGGUGGUCUCAUCAACACCUAGAUUGCAGAUUGAUUAGUACCAGAUCUUUUGUACAAAGCAAAAAAGGUCUGCCCCCUUAUAGGUCAAAUUAUGAAUGCUCUCCAAAGCCCCAAGAAACUUUAAAUAAUAUACUAGUAGAAGAAGUAAAAGCAACUGAUGUGGACUAUUUGAAACUAGAAGAGGACACAAGUGCUUAUGUUAACCUGGGAUUCAGUCCUGCUCAGAUAACACAGCUAUUUAGCUUGCAGCUGGAUGUACCAUUUCAGUCAAAAUUGACUGCAAUUUCAGAAUUACUCCUAUUGGGUUUAAGCAUAACCACAAUACUGAAGACCUUAGAAAAGAAGCCUGAACUGCUGAGAAUGUCACCAAAACAUUUGAAGGAACGUGCAGAUCUUCUGAGGAGAUUUGGCUUAGAUGCAGGCAGCGUUAACCAUGUGGCAGUACAUUUUCCAAGUAUUUUUACAAUACCACACAAGAGAAUCAAAGCCCUAGAGAGUCUCCUUAAAGAAAAAUGUCUCUUCACAAUGGCACAAGUAUCAAAAAUUCUACGAACAAGUCCACAGCUCCUUUUAGAAGAGUUAGACGAUGUAGAAUACAAAUUCCAGUUUGCCUAUUUCAGGAUGGGAAUUAAACAUGCAGAGAUAGUGCAGUCUGGUUUCUUCCAAGCAUCACUGGCUGAAAUAAACAAACGAAUACAGUUUUUGGAGCGCUUAGGACACUAUCAAACUCCUGAUAAGAAAGGACAGACCCAAAUUGUCAAUCCCAAACUGAAGAGAAUUAUUAGAGCAUCUGAACAGGAUUUUGUGACUGAAAUAGCCUGCUCUUCAAUUGAAGAAUAUGAGGUCUUUAAGAAGUUGUUGGCUGAUGAAGAAGAGCAGAGGAAGCAACAGAAGGAAACAAUGGAAGAAUUAUCAGAUUCAGAGAACGAUAAUGGAGCUGAUUCUGAAUAAUUUUGCAAUUAAAAGUUUUUGCUAUCUGGUAGUAGUAGUAUUUGCUUGCCUUUUUAAGAUAGGAAGGAGGGAGCUGAUGGAUACUUCUGAUAAUAGAGAAAUGAAUAUUUUUAAAUGAGAUUAAAAAAUAAAAGGCAGGUAGGGAAAUCAAAUUCAAAAUAUCAAUUCAUAAAUAUGGCUUUAAAUAAAGUUUCUAAAUGGUAGCCUUAUUUGAAAAGAAAUGUUUUUUUAAAUGCAAUUUUUAUAGCUAACUCCAGGAAUCCUUUCAUUCUUAAAAAAAAAGCAGAAUGAUUUUGAAAUAAAUUAUAUAUUUAGUCUAAAAUGAGAAAAAAACAAGGUAACUUUAAUAAAAUAAAACCUUUUUACUUUA